GGAACUUGAAUACUGGAAGCGGUCAGUUUAACUCGACGGAGAAGAAGCUUAGAACCACAACAAAUGCUUUUAUCGGCAUACAAAGUCUGUUUUAGCUGUUAGAAACUAUGCUUACUUGUUAUUUUCCUUUUAAGACGUGUUUUUAACUGUUCGAUAGGAGUUCGUCUCUUGAGUGCUGAACUUUUGCUAACAUGCUAGGUGGCUACAACCAAGCAGGUUUAGUUGUUGUCUGAGGUUUUUACACUCGAGUAGGGUGCUUAGAUUUUUCUAAAUAUGGAAACUUAAUGCUGAAGAAUUAAAGGGGAACACGGAAUAAACGGCCUCAGCGUCGUUAUGGGAGACAAAGAGCUGAGUCUUAUUGACAAGAAUAUAACAAGUUUGCUAGAUGUUCACCUGAGUCUGACUGUAACAUCGCUUAAUCUCCAUUGCAAUCACAUCCCAAGAAUUGAGGGCUUGACGUCAGCUUGGCACCUGCAGCACUUAGACCUCUCCUCCAAUUGCAUUUCUAAGAUUGAGGGUCUGAGUUCACUCACUUCCCUGAGGACUCUAAAUUUAUCCUGUAACUUACUGACCAAGGUUGAAGGACUGAAUGGUCUUAUAAACCUAAGGAGAGUAAACUUAUCCUACAAUCAAAUAAAUAACCUCACUGGCUUGUUGUAUCUCCAUGGCACGGACUAUAAGUUGAAGCACCUCAGUCUCCAUGGCAACAAUCUGGACAGCAUCGAUCACCUCCUGCAGUGCCUGCUGGGAUUGCAUGGUUUAAGAGAGGUCAUUUUGAGUGAGGAUGGCAAAGACAAUCCUGUGUGCAGGUCAUCAGGUUACAGGGAGAUUGUUAUGCACUCUUUGCCACAGAUCUCUGCUCUAGAUGGCCUAGACCGGCUGGGAAAUAUUUCACAUCAAGGUCUUGGGAGUCCCUGUGAUAUUCCAGGACUGGAGGACUAUGUGGACCUCCUGCUGUCCUCAGAUGCCAGUAACGUUGAAGCUGUUAGAGGGGAUGUUCCUCUCACCACACCCCGCAUCGAUGAAGUGCUGACCCAGUUUCGACAGAGGAUUGCCUCCGAAGUAAUUACAGGUCCAGUCAUACAAGCAGAUCAUCAGAGCUUCCAGCCGGUUCGUUCCACUGUGUCUGAUCAAGUAGACCCCGGUAAUGAACAACGCAUCAAGAAACUGGAGCACCAGGUGUCCCGGCUCAUCCAGCAGGCCCCCACAGGUGACAAAUCAAGUGUGGUGAAGGUACGGAAAGCAAAGAGGGACACAGAUCGUACAUCAGAGAGUGAGUGUGACAGUGGAAAGGAGAACAAGAGGCACACCAGGAUACCAAAACAUCGCAGCAGCAUAACUUCAAGGACAAACUCUAAGGAGAGGAGGAGCGGCAGAUCGGACAGCGAUCAGGAGAAUCAUAAACAGAGGAGUCUAAAGUCUGCUGUGGGGACCACAAAGAAGGCUGGCAGUGCUGGGGGAGCAACCAAAAGGGUACCUUUGAGAGCUGCCAAGACCUCCAGCGACAUGAAAGCCAAAUCCACUGAGGAGGAAACCUACAGGACUAUUGUAGAUGAGCGAGACCAGGAGAGGGAGAGACGCUGGAAAGCCGAACAGGCUGUGAGGAAACUAACACAGGAUCUAAAGUGUCUGCAGACGAAGGUCAGCGAGGAAAAAGAUCUUCAGAGCAUGGCCCUGCACACCACUGACAGACUGAAAGAAAUGUUGCUGAAAGAGCGAUCGGGUCGCUCUGAGCUGCAGACUCGUGUUGAGGAGCUGGAGGGGAGGUGUCAGUCUCUAAUCCAGCAGCUGGAGCAGGCCCGCAGCAGUGAGGAACAGCACAAGGCUGCGCUGUGCAGACUGGAGGAAAGCAUCUCCCAUGGAGAAGCACUCAAGGCUUGCCAGCAGGCGGAGGAGAUGAAGCGGCAGCAGGAGCUGGAGAACAAGGCAGCUGCUCUGAGGAGAGAGUUGGACAUCCAGAGAGCCUCAGUGCGUCAACAUAAAGAUAAACUCCAGAAGCUGCAUGAACUGCUUGCAUGCCGAGAACAAGAGCAUAGAAGACAACUGGAGUUGCGGUUGCAGCCAGGUGGGAGAGAUUUCUGUAAGGCAGUUUCUAAAGAAGUUGCAUCAGUGGAACAAAGACACACUCACAGGGAGGCAGAGCUGCAGGAGAAACUGGCAGAGGGGAGAAAACAAUACGCUGCUCUGGAGGACGAAUUCCGCAUGGCCUUAACCAUCGAGGCUGCUCGCUUUUCUGAGGUAAAGGAGGCCUGUGAUCAGAUGACUGCAGAGCUGCUGGGGGUCAAGGCGGCACUUGCCAAGUCUCAGGACAGAGAGAAGAAAUCAGGCUCUCUAGUGCAGGAGCUCACAGCCAUGGUCAAAGAACAGAAGAACCGCAUCUCUCAGCUCAUCAAAGCCAAGAAAGAUGCCGUCACUGAUCUUAAGAGCCGUCUGCAUUCUUUAGAAGCAGAGGUGGAGCAGGAUCGGCGUCUCGGCCUGCAGCUGGAGUUGCUGAAGAAAGACAAAGCCCGACUUUUGUCUCAGCUCACUGCCCAGGAGUCAGUGAUAGAUGGCCUGAGAGCAGAGAGGAGAAUCUGGGGUCAGGAGCUCGCUCAGCAAGGAGUGUCUUUGGCUCAGGAUCGUGGACGCCUGGAGGCCAGGAUUGAGGUGUUGAGCACUGAGCUGGAGACUCAGAAAAAACUGAAUGACAGGGACGCUGAUGCCCUAAAAAUCAAAUCAAAAAUCAUAGAUGACCAAACAGAGACCAUCCGCAAACUUAAAGAGGCCCUUCAAGAGCGCGAUGAUCAGAUCCGUAGGCUGCGUGAAGAGGCUGUCCAGGUCCAGAAGAGGUUCCAGCAGCAGCAGGAGGAGGAAUCAACUCAGCAGGUUGAGCUAAGGGAGCGGGUGGAGCAUCUGAGCCUGCGUAAAGAGGAGCUGAAACAACAGCUGGAGGACAAGGAGGCAGAGCUUGAGGAGGCCAAAACAGUCUACAGGGAUUCCAGUAAAAAAUGGCAGGAGAAAGCAGAGCUGCUCACUCGGCUGGAGAGCCAGGUGAAGCGCAUGAAAGAGAACUUUGAUUCCAAGGAACAUUUACUCCUAGAAGAAAGAGAUAAAGCAACAGAGGCACACAAAGCUGCAGUGGAAAAGCUGCGAUGUGUUGACGAUGCAUUUCGGAGACAGCUAGAAUCCUGCCAGGCUGCCCAUCAAGCUGAGCUGCUACGACUGGCGAAUGAAAAGCAGAAACAGAUUGAGCAAGCCAAUCAGAGGGUAUUUGAAGUGGAGGACGAAAUGCGUCAGCUGCUGGAGGAGACAGAAACUAACAAGAAAAUCAUGGAAGAGAAAAUGAAACGCCUCACAAGUGUACUAAAAGACUUCUAACACAGGAUAUGGACCUUCCAAGGUGCUAUGGCACAGUACAAACUUGCCAUAGCAAAAUUUGUUGUGCAUACAGUUUUUUGAUAUUAAGUUGUUCAUUUUUAGUUUAUCAUGAUUAAUUUAAUAAAUUUCCUGAAAAAUUACAUAUAUUUGUUUAUUUAUGAGGUUGUGUUAACCCAAACUCAG